AUGCAAAGCCUUUGGUCUCGCACUGCGCAGAUCAGGUCAUCCUGUCAUUGCAGCUCCUGUCUACACUCUACCAUAGCCAUCGGUCGAAGAACCACCACCGCAGGAAUACGAAGGCGUAAGCCCACCGCAGGCGAAUUCAUUACGGCAUGUUACUCCUCAAUUCUAGCCACGGCUGCUCUCGCAGAUGCCCGGGUGAAGGAGGAAAGAUUGAAGGCUUGGGAUCAGGCGAUUGCAGAUGUCAAAGCUGGGAAGCCUGUCACCAAUAUACCGGAGCCUUCGAUGAAAGACCAAGUGGAUAAUGAAGUCACGAAUUGGCAUCAGGUCGUAGAUGGGCUCAAGAAUGAGUUGAACCCUGAAAGUGCUGCAAGGCCAGCAACUAAACACGAAAACGCGACGGAGCCUGAGCUAGAUCCCGUGCGAAAGUCAGGUACACUCAAUUCGGAUGGGCGAAUCAAUAAGUACUCUUAUGCUCAACGCAGACCAUUCGAGCCUCUCAACUCCAAUGGUGGGAUCGAUGCGAACACGGCCACCUGGAAUAGCCUUUAUAGUGCUUGGAAUGCAGAUAUACCAGAGAGUGUGGAAACAGACAUUCUGACGAGCCAUGCACUGAUGAGCGAGGACAGCGUAGCCGGUCCAGAAAUGUUACAAGAGAUGGUUACAAGAAUUGAGCCUCGUGCACCUACAACCGAUGUCCACCUACGAAAGAUGGAGGCAAUGAUUCGAAGACUUGUCGACCAGAUGAUGCACAACAGCAACCUUGCAUAUCUUUCCCAAGAUUGUUUGACGGCGAGAGGUGCUCCAUGGCCUGGAGAAACGGGGGAAAUAGCCCAAAUGUUGAUUGAAUUGAGAAACAGAUUUGUCCAAUCGCCGAUAUACUCGUGGAGAUCAGAUAUAGAAGUGGUCAAAGAGCGCAAUGCCCUGCAUAGUGCUAUGAAGCAACUGUUCUCCAUGGUAAACCCGGGCGAGCAGGAUUCCAUUCGAACUGCUGUUGCCAAAGUUUGCUACAAUUUGCUGGUCACAAGCGCUCCGCCGAAUGUCGAAACAUACAGUAUUCUGAUCAAGGAGCUCACUCGGUUACAACAACAUCAAAUCGCUCGGGUCGUAGUGGAUUCUUUACUAGAUGAUAGUAAGAUGGUACUAGAUGACAAUACCGUCAAACUUAUACUUGACCACUAUAUCGCAAAGCGAGAUGGUCGUGGUUUUCGGUUGGUAAUCCAGCGCAUGAGAGGAGUGAAUCCGAAAGGUAAAGAUAUGCACGUCAAGAGAAAACUGCUCUGGCAAGUCGCUGAGGAGCAGGCUGUCCAGGAAUGGGCAUUAUCGCCUGAUACUAAGCUUUGCCAUCGAAACGGGUACUUAAUGGAAAAGUACCCCAGAUCCCCGCUAGUCUUCGAAUCUCUUAUCAGAGGAUGGCUUUUAUUUGAUGGUCUGCGUAGCGGUGUGCGUACAUUUCGAGCCGCAAUUCGGGAGGCACAAUAUGUCUAUCCUAAGACCUUACCAUUGCUUAUCGACCGUUGUGUGACUACCAGUGAUUUCAAAAGUGGUGUCAAGCUUCUGCAGGCAAUGCUGAUGUAUUGGGAUGACGGGAGGACAAAAUCCGCUUUGUCAUUUGAUCGAGUUACUCGGCUUGCAAUACGCAGACUCCUCGUGCUUUGCGGGAUCCAACCUGAGAGCGAUCUGAAGCCUGUCUUGCAUCCAUACUUGUCUUGGGAGAGUUUGCGGAGCAUGAUGAAGUACAUUGAAAACCAGGCGUUUGCAGACGACAAGAACACGUACUUAUCCAACGAGCAAACGUCUCUUGUGGACCAGCCAGAGAACUUAACGAGCUCGGAUACAAAAGAGCUCAGGUAUGACACAGCAUCUGUGGAAGAACCGGACAACAUGUCAAUCUCCAAAUCCAAUGAGCUUGAAUGUAAAACUUUUGAGCCUGGGAGCGUUCAGGAGGCUGCUGAUCUUUUGAGAAAGUUUGUAUUGAUGAAAGGUCGUAUUAACGAGCGCGAAACCGGCGAACGACAAACUCAUAUCGAUGGCACCGCGAAAGCAAAUGCGAAUUGGAUCUUCACAGCCAACGAGAUGGUGGGAUCGAACACGCAGCUCACACGUUUGUUUCGCAAUAUUCUCAUCAACAGCAUCGAAGCCAGGAUCGCGGCACGUGCAAGAUGGAUCAGUGCAACUGCUAAAUUGAUUGAGUCAACUAUUGACAUAAUCAAGUUUUAUAACCGUCGUACUACCAAGACUAUCGGAGCGUCUUUCGAGGGAAUGAAAAUGAAACCUAUUCUACAAAGGUCGGAUAAAACCACGACUUUUCAUGACAAUAAGAAAUCCCACAGACCUAUCAUCAAAGUCCUUCGGGUAAAGAGCAACAGGAGAGAUCGUCAUGUCGUCAAGAAAGGAAUAAUGAAUAAAGCUCUGCGUUCCCAACUCCGUCGGUUCCGACUCCGCAGGUCAGCCAUGACGCCCACUCCCUUAGAAGCCGACAUCCAAAGACUGGUAGAGGAGAGAGAUGAAAUCGAAGUGGCCGAUCUUGAAACUCGGGACCGACUAGAUAGUCAGCUUUCCACGCUUCUUAGAUCUCAUAGGAAGGAGUUACUUGACGAGGUUGUUGAGACGAGGUUGGAACUUGCGAAGAAGACGCUGCAGGGGCAGUCAAAACCUGUUGAAUGGAAGGGGCUUAGGCAGUUGAAGUAUGAGAAGCAUCCGAGGUUGCAGAUUAGAUAUCAUCCUGUUGUGGGCAAGGAGGAGAAAGAGGGGAUGAGUAAGGACGAGAAGGAGGGGAUGAGCAAGGAGGAUAUUGAGAGGGAUAGGAAGGCUUAUGAGGAUCUGAUGGGGGAGUAG